AUGACACCACCAUCCUCCCCACCCGGGAAGCCCAUACGAGCUGUUCUGGGGGCUGUCUUAGGGGCUAUCCGGGGGUGGUUCUGGUGGCUGUCCGGGGGCAGUUCCGGGGGCUGUCCCGGGGGCUGUCUUGGGGACUGUCCGGGGGGUUGUCCUGGACGCUCUCCGGGGGGCCGUUUCGGGGGCUGUCCCGGAGGCUGUCUGGGGGGCAGUCCGGGGGCUGUUCUGGGGGCUGUCCCGGUGGCUGUCCGGGGGCCGUUCGGGGGGCCGUUCGGGGAGUUGUCCCGGGGGCGGGCCGGGAGCUAUCCGGGGGCCGUCUUGGCGGGGGCCGUCUUGGCGGGGGCCGUCCCGGGGGCGGGGCGGGGCGGGGCGGGCCGGACAGCCCGCGGGACCCACCGGGACGCCUUAACCUGGGCUCGGGCCAGGGGCCUCCCAGUCGCGCCGCCCGCUCCGGCCGAUGCCCUCGGCCUCCAGGACGGCUCCCUCCCGCCCGCGGGACCCACGAGGAGCCGGAGGAUGGCCACCCCUCGCCCCCCGCCGCCGUCCCUCAUGCUGCCGCUGCCGCCGCCGCCGCUGCUGCUGCUGCUGCUGCUGCUGGCCAGCCUGGGCCCGGUGUCCGGCCUGGAGAAGAUUGCUUACACUCCGGUCAUCACGAAACUCCCCAUGGAGGGCAAGAUCACCUUGUCCACCUUCACCUUGGACCAGCCCCUGGGCCAAUUCAACAGCAGCGCCGUCGACGACUUGGAUGACAUCUGGCUGGUGGUGGCCUACAGUAAUGCCACGGACAACUUCUCGAACCCUGUGAAGCCCGAUGAGGAGUACAACCUCUCAGAACUCUCCAAGAAACAGUAUUACAUGACGAUGAGGGCCACCAGGGACCUAUACCCCGGGGGCAAUAACUCCAGCUUCCUGCACGUGCUCCGGGUGGGCCAGGAGGCCAACUGCACCUCCAAAUCAUGCAACGGCUACCUGCCGGGGCCCGGGCCCUACAGGGUCAAGUUUCUGGUGAUGAAUGAGAGAGGGCCUGUGGCAGAGACGGACUGGUCUGACGAUAUCGCUCUGAGAGAAGCCAAGGACCCCGGCGACCCCAACCCCACGAGGCGCAGCACUUUCAUGAUCGUGAUCGUCACCAUCCUCUCCGUGCUCUUCGCUCUCCUGCUGGGUGCCCUCACCGGCGUUCUCAUCCAGGCAUGCUUCAGCAGUUCCGGGAGCACAGACAUCUCCAGCCCCAGAGACUCUGGGCGAGUGAGAAAUUACGUCACCCACCACAUGUACAGCCUCUCUGUCACCGAGAGCAACUGAGGGUCUUCUCCGGCCCCAGGCGUCCACCCGUCCCAGACUUGGACCCGUCCCCUGGCCCGCUUCCUCCAGGCCCCCUUCCGCUCCCUUCCCCAGCCACUCCGGAGGGGCUGACCAGGUGGGACCGAUGGGUUCGUUCCUUCGUUCAUUCCAUCUUAUUUAUUGAAUGCUUAAAGCGUGCAGAGCCCUGUACUAAGCACUUGGGAGAGCA